AUGGAUUUGCUCCUCCGGGAUCCACCACCGCCUCGACACCAUCGCGAUCAAGAGGCAUAUGCCCGGCAGCUGUCUUUGGAAGCAGAGAAAACAUGGUUGCAGUGCGAAUGCGAUCGCUGGGGCAACAAAUUCAACUUAGAAGGGCUGUCGAAGUCGGAGGAGUGCCAGUCGAUGCCGGCGCUGGCGCUGGCGGGCGGCGGUGCGGGCGCGGCGGGCGGCGCGCUUGGCCUCGGCAUCAUCCCCGAGCACAGCCUGCUCGACUCCUGCACGCGCCUCUCCAUAUCGCUCGAGGAGAGCGUCUUCAAGGUUUCCGUCAGUUCAUCAUCACAGUCGUCUUGUAAUUCCAGUUCCAGUCCGCACAUGACGCUGGAAGAAUUGCGCGCCAUCAACAAGUACGCCGAGAGCACAAAGAGCCUCUCGUACUUGCCCCAGGUGCACGAGCGGCAGCGGGCGCGUAUGCGGAGCCGCUCGGAGUGGUUCCUGCAGCCGGCCGCGUCGCUGGACGCGGCCCGCUCGCGCGCCGGUACGCCGCCCGCGCCCGCCCCCGCGCCCGCGCCCGCCCUCGCACUCGCCCCGCCCGUCACGGCGGCCGCGGGCUGUGCGCGGGAGGCGCGCGACGAGAGCACCGCUCUCUACGUGCUUGUGGCCUGCCUAGAGUUUUUGUUUUGA